AUGAAUCAAAAUCAAAUCGGAUCUGAACCAGUUACGUCGAAUUCCGAACAAACAUCAACUGAUCGAUCAACAUUAUUAAGCAAAUGUUUUGUAAAAAAGAAAUUCUUAUGGAUCAUUACUGGUAUUAUCAUGGUUGUUUUGGUCGUAACUAUUCCAACCGUAAUUAUUACAACAAAAACAACCAACGUGAUGAAACCAUCAACUGUGACAACAGACGUCACAGAACUAUCAACUAUGGAAACAACAGAUAAUCCAACGACAGAAGUAGAAACCGAGCCAAAAUGUGACAAAUGGAGACAACAUGGAAUUACUAUUGCUGGAGGACAUGGUGACGGAGAUCAAUUAAAUCAACUCAAUAUCCCUUUUGGGAUCUAUAUUGAUGAUAGCAAUGCUAUUUUGAUUGCUGAUACUAUAAAUCAUCGUAUUGUUGAAUGGAAAUACAAUUCGAACAGUGGUCAAAUCAUUGCAGGUGGAAAUGGGAGAGGAGCUCGACUAGAUCAAUUGGAUUGGCCACUCAACGUAGUUGUUGACAAACCGAAGAAUGCAAUAAUUAUAUGUGAUUAUGAUAACAAACGAGUUGUACGAUGGUUUCGCCAAAGUCAAACGAAACCACAAGUUGUCAUUUCAAAUAUUGACUGUAUCGGUGUGACAAUCGAUAGAGAUGGAUCUAUUUAUGUUUCUGAUUCGACAAAGGCUGAAGUAAGACGAUGGAAAGAAGGAGACACAGAUGGAACAUUAGUUGCAGGUGGAAAUGGGCCGGGACAUGAACAAAAUCAAUUCAGUAAUCCUGGUGAUAUCUUCGUUGAUGAAGAUUAUUCUGUUUAUGUAGCAGAUAUUAACAAUCAGCGAAUAAUGAAAUGGACAAAAGAUGCAAAAGAAGGAAUUCUUGUUGCUGGCGGAAACAAUAUAGGGAAUGGUCUCAACCAAUUAGCUAACCCUUAUGGAAUGAUUGUUGAUAAGCUGGGUCAAAUCAUUAUUUCGGACUAUAAGAACCACCGAGUGAUGUUUUGGCGCGAAGGAGAUACAGAAGGUGAGAUUGUUGCUGGUGGAAAUGGUGAAGGAAAUGAACCAAAUCAAUUAAAUUCUCCGAGAGGUGUGUCAUUGGACGUUGAAGGACAUCUUUAUGUUGCUGAUUCCUAUAAUCACCGAAUUCAAAAAUAUGAACUAUGCACUGAAUAA